AUGGAAGAGAAGAGAGAGGAGGGUAAGAAUAAGGAUACCGAAUCGAAGAAGGACGAGAAGGAGAAGAGGACAGUAGGCAGACCCUCGAGGGCGGAGGAGCUGUCAAGAAUAAGAGAUAGGGCAGGAAGUCAAACAUCAAUCAUAGACUACGUAAAGAAUAAGAGAGGAAGGGAGGAAGAGAGAGAAUCGGUAGAAAAAGCAGAAAAAGAAAUAUUAGAUAGUUUCGGUAAAGGAAAUAGGGAGAUAAGAUCGCCGCCAAACAAGAUAAAAAGAGAGGAAAAGAAAGAAGAAGGUACGGAGAUGGAGGAAAUGCUGAAAGAGAUUUUAGCGAAGAUGGAUGAACAAGAGAAAGAAAGAAAGAAGGACAAAGAGGAGAUAAUGAAAGAGAUACAGGAAAUGAGAGAGGAUUAUAGAAUGAGAAAAAUACUUUGGGAAGAGCAAAAAGAGAGAUUAGAAAAUAGAAUAAAACAGUUGGAGGAGAAAGUAGGAAAAAUGGAGGAUAACGGAGGCGGAAAGCUAGUGAGUGAAUUUACGAAGAAGAUGAAAGAGGUGGAGAGAAACUCUGAGAUAGUAGAAAGAAGGAGAAGGAGAAAUAACAUAAUCAUUAAAGGAAUGAAAGCGGAAAAUGGAAGUGAAGGAAAGGAGAAGAUGAAGAAAUUUUUGGAAGAAGAAAUUACCAAGAAGAAGAUGGAGGUGGAAGAAGUGCAGACAAUCGGCCGGGGAGAAUACAAAAUGAC